UAUGAGACCGCUCACCCUGUGAUGUCAUCAGAGGGCGACGCUCCUCAUCUCCUAGAUGACGGAAGGGGUUGUUGUCUAUGAAGAGGCAAAGUUUUGUCAGCAGGUCUGGACACUGGCUGAGGAGAAAGGUCAAAGGUGAAGGAACUGUACUGUGAUGGGAGAUGGACGUCUCUAGUAGCAAGCUGCAGCAGAAGGCUCUGGAGCAAGCUAAGCAGAAGAAAUCUAAGUCGGCUGAAUUUCUGAUGGAGGAGGAGGAGAGAGGGCCGUUGGAAGGCGUUGUAAACCCAGCCUUUGAUGGAGGGACGUCUCCAUGCUGUCAGCGUCCAGGAGGGAGAGAGAUGGGAGGUGACAGGCAGGAUCUCACCCAGGCUGCUGAGCACAGCUGCAGGCAGGCGCCAGAGCCCAGCGCUGAGAGAGGAAAUGAACGUGCCCGAGAUUACUUUGACCCAACGAUGGUGGGGGCUACCGACCCAGGGCGGUGUGGGAAGGAGAGGGUCGACUCGGAAGAUGAGCUGGAAUUAAGCAUCAGAAAGGAAGACGAACAGGGACUGUAUCGGAGGCUGAGAGAUCUACUGGAGGCAGACGAGGCAGAGACCUUCCUGGAUCUACCAGGUCUGGCUGCAGCCAGGAGCCACACUGAGGUGUGUAAGGAGGAGGACCCGGGGCCACGAGCAGGCGCUCCUGGCCAGGGGCGAGGAGAGGAGGCUGGGGCUCUGCAGGAGCGAGGAGAGGAGGCUGGGGUGCUGGUGGAGCAGGGGAGGAGGAAUAGAGAGGAGGAGAUGGGCGGUGGGAGGAGGAGGGACAGAGAGGUGAUCCCCUGCUACUCCAGGCAGCUGAGGGAGCUGGUGCAGGCUGACAUGAUCACGCUUGGCAGCCUUUCAGCAGAGCAGAAAUCACAGCAUCAGAGAGGGAAAUGUAACUGGAAUUCAAAACUCAAAUCCUUCCUCAGAAGUAAAACUAAGAACCCAGACCCACACCUGGCUCCACGGUGGGUCCAGAACCCAGACCCACACCUGGCUCCACGAGCUGAGAGCCUGUCGCUGAGGGGGCCAUGGGAACAACAGGGGGAAGUCAUCGCCAACGGCAACCUGACGACAGAACUCCCGGGACCCUCUGCUCCCUGGGCUGCAGAAACGCGUCUACUCUGGCAGGAGGAGGGCAUCUCUGGGUAUGUGGAGGUGUGUGUGCGCUGCCUGCGUGGCGUGAGGGACAAGCUCCCCAGGGGCCUGUACUCCGUCAGCCUGGCCCUGCUCUCCCGGCUGGGGGCCACGCCUCUGGGCCAGGCUGAGGAUGAGGAGACGGGCUGGGCACGGACCACCAGGCCUGUGGAGCACCAAGGACGCUUCUUUGAUGCAGAGCUGCACUUCAACCAGAGCCUGGUCAUGACCCUGCCUACCUCCAGAAGUUCUUCUAUGGUGAUGAUGUUCCAGCUGCUGGAGAUGGGGUCGUGCCCAGGGGGGGCCGUGCUGGGCUGGGCCCCCUGGCCCCUGUGUGGCCUCUCCCUGCAGCCCGUCCAGGGCAGCUUCCGUGCCCCGCUGCUCCGAGGGGGGCCCUCGCCACGACUGGACCAGUUCAGGAAGAUCGAGGCGCUCAUGUCGUCAGACCUGGACACCUGGCUCUGCAACCUGUACAUCCAGGUGAGGAGACUUCCCAGCGACAAGUCUGGGGGUUCCCAACUCAGAGUCCCCCUGCCAAUCCCUCCUCCUGUUCCCCAGGCUCCUGUUCCCCAGGCCCCUAUUCCGGUUCCCCAGGCCCCUCCUCCGGUUCCCCCGCCCCCACACACCCCCAUGCAACCGCAGCCAGGCCCCGGGUGCAUCCAGAGCGGAGGAGGGGGAGUGGAAGGGGAGCCCACCGUGGAGCAGUGUGGCGGGGGGUGGACCCUACACCUGCCUGCUGAGUCUGCCUGUUCAUCCUCCUCCCUGACAGGUAAGCAUUCCGUGGCGGUGCAAGAGCGGGGAGGAGGGGGGGCUGAUCCUGUGAAAGGAGAAGCUGGAAUGCAGCACAAGCAGAGGGAGCCAAUCAGGAUGAAGAACCCCAUGGCACCUCACCUCCGCCAUGCCGACAAACAGGAGACACUGUGUAACCUCUCCAAAGAAGAUAUGGAGCUGUACACCUUCUCUCUGCAGGGGGGGGGGCUGCUCCCACUCACACACAGGGGCAGCACUGCUGGUGUUCUCCAGGAUCCUCAGCAUACACGGUGUGCUCUGGGUAUGCUCCUGUCCCAGCUGAGCCCGUGUCCAUGGCGACCCUGCGGCUGGAGCUGGCCCCGCCCCCUGCUGGCCCUGCUGGUGACGGUGCUGACAUGGCAGGUGAGGCUGUACCUCCACUACUGCAGCCAGGCCCUGAUGCUGCACGCGCUCUCUGUGCCUGUCAACAGGUUCCAGCUUCACGCCCACACGGUAGAGCUGCUCUACCAGACCUCUCUGCUCCACACCCGAGAGGAGAUGGCCAUGGUGGUGGUGGGACCCCUAACCUUGAACGCCUUCAUGAUGCUCCUGGUUCUGAUGGCAUGGGGCUGUCAGCUGGCGUUUGGCUCACUGCCGUCCGUCCUGUCACUGCUGGUCCUGGCUCAGGGACUGUGGACACUCCUGGACCCCCUGGCCGUGUUUCUGGUGGACGCUGUCCUGGGGAAUCUUGCCUACAGUCCGAACACACCUGUGGGUGACGCAGCAAAGCUUUAUUGGCAUUUCUACAGGACCAACCAAUCAGGAGCAGCGGGGGUGAUCAUCACCCUGUUGCUGUACACCGUCCUCUCCCUCCUCUCCUCCACCAUCCUCCUCCUCUACCUGCUCAGGCUCCACAACGAUGGGCGCAUGCUGGACCUGUUCCAACGCCUCACCGCCAAGGAAGGAACCUACUUCCUGCCACAUGACCUGGAGCUAUCCAAUCAGGAGCUGAGCUACAUUGUCAAGAAGGCGGAGCAGUGGAGAGGCUCCAACGGAGAGAGACGCAAGGGUUGUCUUGAUGAAUCAGCGAGCUUCCUGCAGAGAACUGGACCACGGAUGUUUGUCAGAGAUGGAGACUGUGUUGGGGAGACCGUGUUGGGGAGACUCUGUUGGGGAGACCGUGUUGGGGUGACCGUGUUGGGGAGUACGUGUUGGGGAGACCGUGUUGGGGAGACUGUGUUGGGGAGACCGUGUUGGGGAGACCGUGUUGGGGAGACCGUGUUGGGGUGACCGUGUUGGGGAGACCGUGUUGGGGAGACUGUGUUGGGGAGACCGUGUUGGGGAGACCGUGUUGCGGAGACUGUUGGGGAGACCGUGUUGGGGAGACCGUGUUGGGGAGACCGUGUUGGGGUGACCGUGUUGGGGAGACCGUGUUGGGGAGACCGUGUUGGGGAGACCGUGUUGGGGAGACUGUGUUGGGGAGACCGUGUUGGGGAGACCGUGUUGGGGUGACCGUGUUGGGGAGACCGUGUUGGGGAGACCGUGUUGGGGAGACUGUGUUGGGGAGACUGUGUUGGGGAGACUUCUGGUCUGCUGUCCUGAAACUCCAACAUGUAUGAAGUUUCAGUAGGGUUUGGGUUCCUGUUUACUGAACCUCUGCUUCUGCAGUCACUGAGAGAAAUGAUCCCCUCAAAGUUUGUGAUUAAGAUGAUGCUCCAUUUAGCUGAUGGCUCCCGUAUAUUAGUCUCCUCUCACUGCAAACAAUUAGCAUACUUCAUAUUGUCCCUGAUUUGGCUUUAUUAAAUGGAUAAAAUGCUAACACAUUUGCCGGGGCGAUGAAAACUGAGGGUUAUUGCAUUUUAUGAUUUUUACAUUAUUCAGGCAGGCAAUAAUUCAUAGAAAUAAGAUGGGCCUCGCCAUUAUUUCAUAAUUAUUGUAGCAAUUUCUCCCUGUAAAAAAGGGUCACUUUCCUAACUCAGCAAAGACAUAUCCUAUUAAACUAAUUUGCCUACAUGCAAAUUUUUUGUCAUUUUUACCUCAUUAACUAUUUAUCAUGGACAGGACAAAACCUCCAUGCAAGGAGCCAGACAGAGCUGAAACUAAUAUUUUGCAACUCUAAUGAUUUUUUGCAUCCUUAAUUAGAUAGAAUAAGGUUGAUAUGAUUAGGUCGGGAUGUAGCGUUUUUCAUUAAAAAUGCAUUUCAGAAACUGUAUUGGAAAUGUGCCCUUGCAAUUAAAUAAUGAAGCCAACGCAUUCCUUAUUACAGCCCAAUUAAUAUCAGAGGGGAGGGCAUUAUUUGAAUAACAAUGGAGGGGCAGGGCCGGGAAGCGUUAGUUAUCCUCCCUGGAUGAAGGGGACGGGGCGGGGACGAGGAAGGGCUCCUCCCAGGAUGAAGGGGACGGGGCGGGGACAAGGAAGGGCUCCUCCCAGGAUGAAGGGGACGGGGCGGGGACAAGGAAGGGCUCCUCCCAGGAUGAAGGGGACGGGGCGGGGACGAGGAAGGGCUCCUCCCAGGAUGAAGGGGACGGGGCGGGGACGAGGAAGGGCUCCUCCCAGGAUGAAGGGGACGGGGCGGGGACAAGGAAGGGCUCCUCCCAGGAUGAAGGGGACGGGGCGGGGACGAGGAAGGGCUCCUCCCAGGAUGAAGGGGACGGGGCGGGGACAAGGAAGGGCUCCUCCCAGGAUGAAGGGGACGGGGCGGGGACGAGGAAGGGCUCCUCCCAGGAUGAAGGGGACGGGGCGGGGACGAGGAAGGGCUCCUCCCAGGAUGAAGGGGACGGGGCGGGGACGAGGAAGGGCUCCUCCCAGGGACAGCAGACUGAGCUGACCAGAACAUCCCUGCUGUCACAUGCUCUCUUGAAUACUAACACUAACUUCUCUUGAAUACUAACACUAACUUCUCCUGAAUACUAACACUAACUUCUCCUGAAUACUAACACUAACUUCUCCUGAAUACUAACACUAACUUUUCCUGAAUACUAACACUAACUUCUCCUAAAUACUAACACUAACUUAUAUCCCCACUAACUUCAACUCAAGCCACCAGCAGAAGGCCCACAGUAACGCAGCAGAUAACCUGCGGUGAAUAGAAGCAGCCAUGACAUGUUAAACAUCUGCUUCAUGCUACUCUACUAUCAUUAUGUUAAGUGCUUGUUUGAAUGUUCACUUGUAGAACCUAGUUAACAAUAAAAGCAAAGUAAAGGGAAAGAAACUUCUCAUGGUUUCCUUCUAACGUUGGAACCAGUUCUUAUUGCUGAAGAUGACGUUUCCCUCAAGCGCUGAAACGAUAAAAGAAGAAUCUACAUUCAAUAACCAAUCUGCAAAUGGCCUAUUAUUAUCAAACUUGUAAUUUUCACAAGACGGUCAUAAAACACAAUCUAAUUUUACUUUCCUAGCAAUUAAGUUUAUAUUACACUUUGCAUUCCACUAGGCCAUGUGAUCGGUUAUUUCGCUGGAAGCUCUAAAUAUGACUGCUAAGUUGUGACUAAGGCAGCCUGUUGAACCAACUGGGUGAGCGUGCUGUACAACAUGCAUUCGCUGUAAUGUAACCUGGAUGCAUGCUGAAGAAGAAAGGGAAUCAGUUUCCAUCAAAAGGCUUUACGUGUCAAAACCGGUGGAAGUUAGAGUGGUCUUCAGCUGCUCAUAGCUCCCCAGUGAAUAGUUUUACCAGCACCUCCAUUGGUGUGUCCCACCUGUGUCAUUCCAGUCUAACUGUUAGCAGUUAGCGCCAAGCAGCUAGCAUUGUGGGUUCCAUAGCCCACCAGUACUAUCAUGGCGGAUCUCAGUAAUGAGCUCAUUCAUUAUGGAAAGGCAGUGAUGCAGAUGGUCCUAAUGAAUUGUCUCCCGUCACCCCCUUGAUUACUGUACCUGGAAGGGAGGAGGUAGUUUCUGUAAUACUUAAGCAGGUACGCAAACUGUUUUGUCAGAGGGUUGUGACAGUGACAGAGUAGAGGGGCUAGUUAGACGGAAAUCUUUGCAGUAAUUCACCUGAAAGUUCUGUUGGCAGUGACAUUGCGUUAAUGGGAGAAGCCCCCCGCCUGCAGAUGUUUUCCUAACUGAAUCACAUCAACAUGCACGUCCCCCUCCCCCUUAGUCUGCGUGUGUCUAGGUAAUGGCUUACCGGCGGGGGAGUUCUUCAACACCCAAGGUGCUUUGCGAAAACAAGUGGUGGGGGGCUGGAACAGUGUGGUUAGAGGCAGUCCUGACGGGAGGAAGGGUGAUAACUGGAGCAGGGUGGCAGGUUGUUCAUCAUACAGCACCGAGAUGUGAUCUCUCUCUUAAUCUUGAUUAUCCUCCUGGGCCCCCCUCACCUCCUCCUGUCUCCCCCCCUCACCUCCUCCUGCCUCCCCCCCUCACCUCCUCCUG